CAACCCAUCCACUCACUCUGCACACCCAAUACCAAAGUGCCUGGGAAAGAGAUCUAAGAAGCAGAGUCAGAAAGAGAGAGAGAUGGCAAUGGCACUUCGCAGACUCUUGGCUUCCUCAUCCUCCAUUAAGCCUUUUCGUCCUCUCUCUAAUGGUGUUUCCCUCCAUUACAUGUCUUCUUUGCCGAAUCACGCCGUUGGCGAAAAGGAAAAUUCUCGUAUAACGUGGACUAAACAAUUGAAUGCUCCACUCGAAGAGGUCGAUCCAGAGAUUGCUGACAUCAUCGAGCUCGAAAAGGCCAGGCAAUGGAAGGGACUUGAACUCAUACCUUCGGAAAAUUUUACAUCGUUGUCAGUGAUGCAAGCGGUUGGAUCCGUGAUGACCAAUAAAUACAGUGAGGGGUAUCCUGGUGCCAGAUACUAUGGAGGAAAUGAGUAUAUCGAUAUGGCAGAGACAUUGUGUCAGAAGCGUGCAUUAGAAGCUUUUCAGUUGGAUCCUGCAAAAUGGGGAGUUAAUGUGCAAUCACUAUCUGGAUCCCCUUCUAACUUUCAAGUUUAUACUGCACUCUUGAAACCUCACGAAAGAAUUAUGGCACUUGAUCUUCCCCAUGGUGGGCACCUUUCACAUGGUUAUCAGACUGACACCAAGAAGAUAUCUGCUGUAUCAAUAUUUUUUGAGACUAUGCCCUACAGAUUGGAUGAGAGCAGCGGUUAUAUUGACUAUGACCAGCUGGAGAAAAGUGCCACACUUUUCAGGCCAAAAUUAAUUGUUGCUGGCGCAAGUGCUUAUGCACGGUUAUAUGAUUAUGCACGUAUCCGCAAGGUUUGUGACAAACAGAAAGCCGUCAUGUUGGCUGACAUGGCACACAUUAGUGGGUUGGUUGCUGCUGGUGUGAUCCCAUCUCCUUUUGAAUACGCAGAUGUUGUUACAACCACAACACACAAGUCACUUCGUGGACCACGUGGGGCAAUGAUAUUCUUCAGGAAGGGGGUAAAAGAGAUUAACAAACAAGGGCAAGAAGUGAUGUAUGACUAUGAGGACAAAAUCAAUCAAGCUGUCUUUCCUGGACUUCAAGGUGGUCCUCAUAAUCACACUAUUACUGCCUUAGCGGUCGCGCUGAAACAGGCUAUGACACCAGAGUACAGGGCAUAUCAAGAGCAAGUUCUUAGUAAUUGCUCAGUGUUUGCUCAGACUUUGUUAGAGCAUGGCUAUGAACUUGUGUCUGGUGGAACUGAAAAUCAUCUGGUCUUGGUAAAUUUAAAAAACAAGGGUAUUGAUGGUUCCAGAGUUGAAAAGGUUUUGGAGUCAGUGCACAUUGCAGCUAAUAAAAACACUGUUCCUGGGGAUGUGUCUGCCAUGGUACCUGGUGGCAUUCGGAUGGGAACCCCGGCUCUCACAUCUAGGGGAUUUACUGAGGAGGAUUUUGUUAAAGUAGCUGAGUUCUUUGAUGCUGCUGUGAAGUUGGCCUUGAAGAUCAAGGCUGAUUCUAAAGGAACUAAGUUGAAGGACUUUGUGGCAACUAUGAAGUCAGAUGCCCAUAUUCAGUCUGAUAUUGCGAAGCUCCGCCAUGAUGUUGAGGAAUAUGCAAAGCAAUUCCCUACAAUUGGUUUUGAGAAAGAAACAAUGAAAUACAAUAAAUGAACAACUCUCUUUACAGUGGCAGGGUCAUUAGCAUGGGACGCCUUCUCACAUUGAUAGAGGCAAAGAAGAGUAUAAAAUUUCUAGUCUGCUGCAUGCCGAGGAAACCAACUAGGGCUUACAUCUUUGUUGCAUGUGAAUAAAUUGUUUAAGUUUAUGCAAGAAUGUAUAUAAUUCUCUGACGCUAUGAAAGCACUUUUGUUUCCACUUGAGUUCAGGAGUAUGGGGUCUUCCCCUUCAUCCUUCUUGUUGAAUUCUAAAUAUCCUUCCCAUUUAUAAUAAUUAUCAUUUUUUCUUGAUUGUUAG